CAUUUUAUCUAAUUCCACCGUCUUCAUUAGUAAGAAGUGGAAAUUGGAGGCGCGAAUUCGAACCAGAAAUUUAUGCCGUCUCCCUCUCCAUUGUCUCCAUUUUUUUGUUUGCUGAUUUUUAGUAUGCACUGGUUUUAUUGAGACUUACAAGUCCUUCAUAAGUUUGUUAGGAGGGUAUAGUAAGACUUAGAGGCCACUCAUAAUUUAUUGAUUGUUGAUUUAGCCAUGAACUCAUCUUUUAACACAAAUCCCAUUUCACGAACAACAAUUAAUUUCUCAAUUUUAGAUACCCUUUUGAUUCGAUGCCGAAAAUUCAUGCAAUUUAGUCAGAUUUUGGGACAGAUGGUCUCCACUGGGUUUAUCAAGGACACUUAUGCCGCAAGCAGAAUCCUCAAGUUUUCCACUGACUCCAACUUUAUACACAUUAAUUAUUCCCAUAAUAUCUUCUGUCACAUUGAGAAUCCAAAUGGGUUCAUUUGGAACACCAUGUUGAGGGCUUUCGUGCAAAGAAACCAGGCCCAAGAUUCAAUCUUUCUAUAUAAAUCUAUGUUAAAGAAGAGUUUUUUAUGCAUUGAUAAUUUUACUUAUCCAAUCUUGAUUCAGGGCUGCUCAGUUGAAUUUGCUGAAUUUGAGGGCAGAGAGUUGCAUGAUCAUGUGGUGAAAAUGGGUUUUGAUUGUGAUGUCUAUGUGGUGAACAAUUUAAUUUAUAUGUAUAGUGUGUGUGGUAAAGUAAGUGGUGCAAGAAGGAUGUUUGAUGAAAGUCCUGUGUUGGACUCAGUUUCAUGGAAUUCGAUGUUGGCGGGGUAUGUUUUAUCAGGGAGUGUUGAGGAAGCUAUGCUAAUGUACAAUAAGAUGCCGAAAAAGAACGUGAUCUCAUCGAAUUCUAUGAUUGUGCUGUUGGGUAAGAAAGGUAGAGUGAGUGAGGCUUAUCAGUUGUUUAAUGAAAUGGAAGAAAAAGAUUUGGUUUCUUGGACUGCAUUGAUUUCUUGUUAUGAGCAGAAUGGCAUGUACGAAGAGGCUUUGGAUUUGCUUGUGAAUAUGUAUCAUAAUGGAGUUAAGGUAGAUGAGGUAGUUGCUGUCAGCGUGCUUUCUGCCUGUGCAAAUUUACUGAAUCUUGGAAUGGGAGAAUCUAUUCAUGGUUUGUUUACAAGAGUUGGUUUGGAUUCCUAUGUAAAUCUUCAGAAUGCUUUGAUCUUCAUGUAUUUACGAUGUGGUGAUGUAUUGGCUGCACAAAAAUUGUUCGAUACAGGUUUUUGCUUGGACCUGAUAUCUUGGAACUCUAUGAUCAGUGGAUACCUUAAAUGUGGUUUGGUCAAGAAGGCUAGAGAAUUAUUUGAUACAAUGCCUGAGAGGGAUCUUGUGUCAUGGAGUGCAAUGAUAUCUGGUUAUACCCAACUUGAUCGGUACCAGGAGGCUUUAGCACUGUUUAAUGAUAUGCAGCAUGAUGGUAUUAAACCCGACGAGACCAUUUUGGUCAGUGUGAUUUCUUCUUGUGCUCACUUAGCUGCACUUGACCAAGGAAAAUGGAUAGAUGCUUACAUACGGAAGAAUGAGCUGAAGGUUAACACUAUCCUUGGUACUACUCUUAUUGACAUGUACAUGAAAUGUGGGUGUGUGGAAAAUGCAAUGCAGGUUUUUAAUGGAUUAGAGGAAAGGGGAACUUCUUCAUGGAAUGCUGUAAUUCUUGGCUUCGCUAUGAAUGGACAGGUAGAGAGGUCACUUGAGUUUUUUGAAGAGAUGAAGAAAUGUGUAGUACCCAACGAAAUAACCUUUGUGGCAGUUCUUGGGGCCUGUCGACAUGUGGGUCUUGUAGGAGAGGGGCGCCAAUUUUUUGAUUCAAUGGUUAAAGUAUACAACAUUGAACCCAACAUUAAACACUAUGGCUGCAUGGUUGAUCUUCUUGGACGAGCAGUGCUG